CAAAUAAAUGAAAACGGAAACUGUUAAUAACACACAUGGCAAAUGUGUCGUGUCAUUAAUUUGUUAAGUUUGCACGUAUGAACAUUUGUCAUCCUUAUCUCAUUAUGGCCACAACUUUAAGGGCUUGUAAAUGUCGAUUGACCGCCCGCGGUUUAUUGUUAAGUUUUUUAACCCUGAUUGUCGUGUGUUUCCUGUUCUUUGUAUUUGAAUCAUACUUUUUAUUUUAUAUACAUAAAGCCACCUCAAUAAUAAGAAAGUCAGACACGACAAAUGUAUCAAGUAAUGUGUUUCACUUCAACUUUACAAACUCAACCGUGUUUAAAGCAAACGGACAAUUCGAAUUAUCAACUAUCGCAAACAGUGACCUUAGAUUCGAUAAGAAGCAAAAUGUUCGUUUCGACAAUGAAGCGGUUAUACUUAAAACAACCAUAGCUUCCAGCCAGCCGCAAGAUCGGUCACUUAAUGUCACCACUUACAAAAACGAUUCAUGUGUUGAUCUGAAUUUAACACGAACCGAAACAAGCACUAAUGGGAUAUUAGCAUUUGAAACAAGUAUGAAACACGAACAUCUUGAAAAAGACGUGAUGACACGUAAUUCAACAGAGCGCCAUAGUGAAUGCAAUAAUUGUUUUAAACACGAUUUUGAAUAUGUAAUUCAGAAUGACCACAUCUGCGACACAUUGGACAUGCACGAACACAUUUAUCUUCUGAUAUUCGUUACCACUGUGCAUACUAAUGUCUUAAAUCGACAGACAAUACGGCGCACGUGGUUGUCAUACACUAAUAACAAUACUGCGAAUGCGAGGCACGUUUUCCUUUUAGGAAAAACAGCAGAGGACAGUUUACAAGAAUCUGUGAUGAGAGAAAAUGAAAUAUAUCACGAUAUCGUUCAGGAGACCUUUAUAGACAGUUACAAUAAUCUGACAUAUAAAACCAUCAUGGGAUUUAAAUGGGCCUCCACAAAAUGCUCUUAUGUAAAGUUUGUUAUGAAAACAGAUGAUGACAUGUGGGUCAAUGUUCCAUCGAUAAUAAAGUUGUUGUCGGGAACCGAUUUGGCAAACUAUUUACAAACAGGGCUGACCGGCUUAUGUCACCAAAAAGCAUCACCGAUCAGAGAUAAACAUUCUAAAUGGUACGCCUCCUACAGUUCUUAUCCAGAAGACUUUUACCCAGGGUUUUGUUCAGGGACUGGAUACAUGACCAGCAUUAAAGUCGUGUCGGAUAUUUACCAUGUUUCUCCGCAAGUGCCCUUUUUCCAUCUGGAAGACAUCUACGUUGCUUUGUGCGCGCGGCGACUUGGGUAUUCGUUAAAAAAAACUUUAGGUUUCUACGCAGGGCCCAGUAAUUUAUGUGAUUACAAAAAGGAUAACGUCUUAACAGUUCAUCAAGUUACGCCUUCGAAGUUGAUUGAGAUAUGGAAACAGAUUUGCAAUCCUGCUGGACAUGUUAACCCUUAUGAGUCACAAACAGCAAAUGUUACGCUCCUAAGCAAACCAUUUGCUUGACUAUCGUUAGAAGUCACUGUAGUUUAUGUAUGUGAUAUUCAGAAAACUGUAAUAAGGUUAGUGUAGUGAGAUUUGUUUGAACAUACUUUUUCUACGACAAUUAGUAGAAAUUACUAUAAAAACUGCAUCCAAUAUUGAUUCUUAUUUUGUUAGAGUUCUGUAAGUUGAUUAACACAUAAACUCUUAAUUCGAUAUUAUUUCUUAAGCAAUAUUUUAAAUAUUGCUCCCAUCUAUUUGAAAAUGAGCUACAUAUACUGUGUCUGUCAUGGUGUAUUGGAAAGCGUAUCCGUCUAGCGAGACGAGGAUCAUGGGUUUGAUCGCAAUUUUGGGAUUGUCCGUUCGAUACCCUGGCCAAAAUGCACCAAUAACUGAUUAUACACGGGAAACGGUAUCGAGAGCUUUUUAAUCAGACUUAGCCUUUUGAUGAACUUGCGCUAAAAUAAAUAAGUUUAAACUAAAUAUGAUUUUAGUUUGUAAAUCAACUGUCUGAAAACACAACAUCUAGUUACUGGGUAGUAUAAACAAUUGUAAUGCAAUUAUAUUUGGAAAACCUGUUUUAUGUAACCAUAUUUUAUAUUUUUGGUAUAGUGUGGGUUGUUAGUAAUAUUUUAAGGUAAAAGUGUAAGUUUUGUUGGACGAAUUUAUAAAUUAGUUCAUUAUUACUUUUAUUAGAGCU